CUGUGAAUCAAUAUAGUUUCACGGAAAAUCACAUGACGGACCCAUUGGGCGAGUACUGAACAGGGUCGUUUUGGACACUUUUCCAGAGGAUAACGUACGAUCAGGGUGGAGGAGCGAUGUCGUUGUUUCGCAGCGAGGACAUGGCCUUGUGCCAAUUGUUCUUGCAGAGUGAGGCCGCCUAUUCGUGCGUGUCCGAACUCGGAGAGCUUGGACUUCUACAGUUCAGAGACUUAAACCCAGACGUUAACGCCUUCCAACGAAAGUUCGUCAAUGAGGUCCGCAGGUGUGAUGAGAUGGAGCGCAAACUGCGUUACCUCGAGAAGGAAAUCCGCAAGGACGGAAUUCCAAUGUUGGACACAGGCGAAAACCCUGAAGCUCCUCAGCCCAGGGAGAUGAUCGAUCUCGAGGCUACUUUUGAAAAGCUAGAAAACGAGCUGCGGGAGGUGAAUCAGAACGCUGAGGCUCUAAAGAGGAACUACCUUGAGUUAACCGAACUCAAGCACAUCCUCCGCAAGACUCAGGUUUUCUUCGACGAGGCUGAGUUUGGCCUGCCCCCACAGAUGGCCGACCCCAGCUCACAGGACGAACAGGUCACCUUGCUCGGAGAGGAAGGACUCAGGGCCGGCGGGCAGGCCCUGAAGCUAGGAUUCGUGGCCGGAGUGAUUCUGCGUGAGCGCAUUCCGCCCUUCGAGAGGAUGCUGUGGCGCGCGUGCCGCGGCAACGUCUUCCUCAGGCAAGCUGAAAUCGAGACUCCCCUCGAAGACCCUGCAACUAGCGACCAGGUGCACAAGAGCGUGUUCAUCAUCUUCUACCAGGGUGACCAGCUGAAGUCACGCGUUAAGAAGAUCUGCGAGGGCUUCAGGGCCACCCUGUACCCCUGCCCUGAGGCCCCCUCAGACAGGAGGGAAAUGGCCAUGGGCGUGAUGACCCGUAUCGAGGACCUCAAUACUGUUCUCAACCAGACUCAGGAUCACAGGCACAGGGUCCUGGCUGCCGCCGCCAAGAACAUCACCAACUGGUUCAUCAAGGUGCGCAAGAUCAAGGCCAUCUACCACACUUUGAACUUGUUCAACCUGGACGUGACCCAGAAGUGUUUGAUUGCCGAGUGCUGGGUGCCCACUGAGGACCUCGAGCAAAUCCAGCUGGCCCUCCGGCGUGGAACGGAAAGGAGUGGCAGCUCGGUUCCCCCGAUUUUAAACCGCAUGGACACCCUUGAGAAUCCGCCAACUUACAACAAGACCAACAAGUUCACCAGCGGAUUCCAGCACCUGGUUGAUGCCUACGGCGUUGCCAGUUACAGGGAGGCAAAUCCUGCGCCAUACACCAUCAUCACCUUCCCAUUCCUGUUCGCUGUCAUGUUUGGUGACUUGGGCCACGGCAUCCUGAUGGCCAGCUUCGCCGCCUACCUGGUGAUCAAAGAACGCACCCUGGGAGCCAAGAAGAUUCAGUCAGACGUGUGGAACAUUUUCUUUGGCGGCCGCUACAUUAUCCUGCUGAUGGGUCUGUUCUCCAUGUACACUGGCAUGAUGUACAACGAUGUCUUCUCUAAGUCGCUCAACAUUUUCGGCUCUAACUGGCGCAACAACUACGACGAGUCGACGCUGAUGGACAGCAAAGCUCUGCAGCUUGAUCCUAACUCAACCGCCUACUUCAAAUAUCCUUAUCCUUUCGGACUUGAUCCCAUCUGGCAGGUUGCUGAGAACAAGAUCAUCUUCUUGAACUCGUACAAGAUGAAAAUCUCCAUCAUCUUUGGCGUUUUCCACAUGCUUUUCGGUGUUCUGCUCAGUCUCUGGAACCACGUUUACUUCCGCGAUCGUCUGGCAAUCAUGUGCGAAUUCAUCCCUCAAAUCAUCUUCAUGUGCUUCCUGUUCUUGUACAUGGUGUUGCUGAUGUUCAUCAAGUGGGUAAACUACAGCGCCGAUACCACAGAUGUGAAAGCUGGACCGUACUGCGCGCCCUCCAUCCUCAUCACCUUCAUCAACAUGGUGCUGUUCAAGUCAAGCAAGAAUCCCGACGUGUGCGACGACUGGAUGUACGCUGGCCAGGGCUUCCUUCAGAAGUUGCUCGUCGUCAUCGCGCUACUCUGCGUGCCCGUCAUGCUGUUCGCCAAGCCCAUCAUGAUCAUGCGCGCCAGGAAGCAGCACCAGCCGCUGAUGAAUGCUGGACACACAAACAACGCUGCCGAAAAUGGAGACGCUGGAUACCAACUGGACGACUCAAUGCAGCAGGUGCAGCCAGUGCCGGCGCACCAGGACGAGGAGGAGGACAUUACCGAGAUCUUCAUCCACCAGGGCAUCCACACCAUUGAAUACGUGCUCGGCUCUGUCUCGCACACUGCCUCCUACCUCCGUCUCUGGGCCCUCUCGCUCGCCCACGCUCAGCUGAGCGAGGUGCUGUGGAACAUGGUUCUGAGGAACGGCCUCACCUGGACUGACUGGACCGGCGGCAUCGUUCUGUGGGCCAUCUUUGCCUUCUGGGCCAUGCUCACCGUCUCCAUCUUGGUGCUCAUGGAGGGACUGUCCGCUUUCCUGCACACCCUGCGUCUUCACUGGGUCGAGUUCCAGAGCAAGUUCUACCAUGGUCUGGGCUACUCGUUCACGCCUUUCUCGUUCAAGACGAUCCUUGACCAGGCCGCCACCAACGCUGAGGAAUAAGCAGAUCAGCUGGCCAAUCCGAGAAGUUUGGAGAGCGCACAAAAUUACGUUUGAAAUUCUCGGAAGUGGCGGAUGAAAAUUAAAAAAUUAUAUCAUGUAGCUUGUUCGUUGUGUCGACGUGCAUUCGAAUCUAUUUAUCAUUCCACACUUAAGCGACGUUGAUCUUUUCUGUUGAUCUGAGUAGCUGGUUAUUAUUAUUUACUGCUGAACAAAUUGUAGAUACUGUCCAUUAUUUUAUUGUUAAAGAUAUAUAUGUACAUUAUUGAGAUAUAUAUACACACACACACACACCUAAUUUUAAAUUCUGCAUUCACGCGUUGUAAAUUAUGUAUCAACUGAAUGUCAAAUUAUUCGAGUGUAUGUACAUCUCCAGAAUCGCAAAUUAAAAUUCGCUCGUUAAGUGGUUAGCGUUGUUAAAUGAAAAACCUGACGUAGCCGUUGAGAAUAUUAAUCACGUUGGAUGAAAGUAUUACAUGUGAAUAAACCGAUCGAUACACAGAA